AUGGGACUUGACGCGGACAUUCCGCUGACGUGGCGCCGCGUCGUGCUUGCGUGCUCGUCGUACGUGCUCUUCUUCACGGACAUUCCGCGCAGCGGGUUCGGCUUCAAGACGCUUCCACCGGGCUACCGUGCGGCCACCGAGUCGCUGUACGCCAACUUUGGCCCGUACAACUACCCGAUCAUGACCAUGACGAAGCAGCUCAACGGAUCGGUGACCGGGUCGGUCCCACUCGCCAAAGUCUGGAGCUACAAGUUUGACACGUGCUCCCUGGGGCUUCGCACAGUUGUCUCGCAGCGCAACGUCUCUGGCUGGUGA